GUUUACGAGUCCAUGUUUCUUAUGGAAAAUUUCCACCGAUAGACACCACCGUUACGAGUGCAGAGAAGCAUUUAAGUUCAGUUUAGAUUAUACACUGAAAACCCUGUAGCCUAUUCCCAGUAGAUAAUCAUUGACAAAUUCCUCUGCAGUUAAAGAAAUCCAACAGCACAUCAGACUUCUACUAUUUAGAUAUGGAUUAUGAACACAGACAUACUAAAGGAUCAUAUUUGUUGUCAUCACCUGUUUAUUUAAAAGGAGAAUGUUUGGUGAAAAAUGGGCUCUUAGAGAAUACGAUACCCCAGAGAAACUUUCUAACUGCUGAUACUCUACCUGUACCAUCAACAGAUAACAAAUUAUUGUCAACUUUAAGAUUCCAAACCAAAAAUCAUAUUUUGACUCCUUGUCGGAUAGAAACAGUUAACUCUACUCAUGAUGAAUGCAACACAAAAGAGCCAGCUGAUGACUAUACUACAUUCAAAUCCAAACCUGUUGAUUGGUUACAGAAUGCUAUCGUGAAAAUUUCAGAUGUCCUACCACAGAAUAUAUUUGAUUGUGGCUGUGGUGAAACUGCAGAAAAACAACUUGUUCAGGAUAAAUUUGAUUUAUCGAUAAACGAAUGCAAAGACACGUGCAGGCAGCCUAAGAUAGACUUAAUUAGCUGCAUAUCUUCUUCUGUUGUUGAUGGAAGUCCGUCAAGGGAGAGAAAAAAGAUUUUAGGACAACUGAUUCAAACUUGUGUCAAUAAGGAUCCAGAAUUCAUACUUAAGGCAGCUUUGUACUGCCGUAGAGAGCUCAAUAUACGUACUACAACUAACCUGUUAAUAGCAAGUGCUUGCUUUCACGAAAAAUCUCAAGCUUUUGUUAGCAAGUACUUUUCAGCAUGUAUUAAUACACCAUCAGACUGGUUGGAAGUUACUGAAUAUUAUGCAGUAAUAAGUGGUAAUUCAUCCUUAAAAGGGAUGCCUAAAGUCUUACGAAAGAAUUUGACUGUGAAAUUUUCUGAAUUCGAUCAGUACCAGCUAGCUAAACACUGUAGGCACAAAGCAAGAGCUAAUCGUUCUGCGAAAUCAAAGCUGCAAAUAAAACAACCGUUUGGUGAGACAAUGGAUACACAGGUGUAUACCUUCAUUCAUAGGUUGACAAAUUCACCUCCUGUUUAUUUUACUAUGAAAGAUAUUAUUCGUAGACUGCAUAUAUCAAGUCCUAGACUGAAUGUGAUGUGCAUUCUUGGUAAAACGUAUCCAUUGGAUGCUACUGAUUUUAUCCGUAUGGGACUGGAAGGAGAUUGGGAUGAGUCUAAAGCAGGAAAACGCAUGAAACUUCCUGUUCCCUUAACAUGGGAAACAGAAUUGUCUGUCAAUGGUAAUAACGCAAAUUCUUGGACAAAACUUAUCACUUCUAAUAAAGUACCACAUAUGGCGAUGUUAAGAAAUCUACGAAAUAUCCUAAAAUCUGGUAUACCUAACCAUAUCCAUGAAAUAGUAUUGAAAAGACUUACAGAUGCUCGUAUUAUCAUUGAUGGAAAGCAAUUCCCUUUUCGUUACUUCACAGCCUUUGAUACUAUCCAUAAAUUAAAAACUGAGUUUGUGUUAACACGAUAUUUAAGGGCAAUGCACGAAAAAUAUAAUAAAGUAUACAAGGUAAUAUCCAGAAGACGGACUAAAAGAUGUUUUUGGGUAGAAGAUUAUCUUAAAAAAGUUAAUUCGAUACGUUGGACGUAUGAUACUAAAUUGUUGGGUCGAUAUCAAAAGGCUUUAAACACAGCUUUAGAAUUAUCAAUCCAGUAUAAUCUGCCCCCAGUUUGUGGUUCAACAUUAAUUAUUUGUUCUACUAGUAAAUACACAAAUCGUUCUGCACAGAAGAAGUCAUCAGGAUCAAAAUCUUACAUGCCUAUAAUGGGAUUUCUUCUUGGAGCAAUGUGUACAUCUAUAUGUGAAGCUCCUACAACUUAUGUUACAGUUGAUAAUGAAUAUAAUGUAACUCCUUUAGAAACAAUUCUUGAACAAAGCGAAUUAAAACAUAAUCAUGUUAAGAGUAAUAACAACCAAAGAGACAAAAUUAAUUGUAGAAAAAGACAAAAGAUGACUAAAUCUGGAUAUAUGGAUAUUGGCAUUUUGCAAAAAGUGAAUUUAAUUUAUGAAAAACGAGGUUCUGUCACGUCUACUUCAAUCACAUCAGUUUUGGAGAAAUUCUAUGCCCAUCGUAAACAGUUCGAUAAAAUUGUUGUCUUUGGAGACUGUCACCAGCACAUUAUUGAUUAUGUCGCAAAUUAUCGUGCUUAUAUUGGACCUAUAAAAGCGAUAUGGGGUAAUUUAAGUGGUGAAGACAAAUGGUCAACACAAUGUUCUAAGGAUGGUUGGAUUGAAUUUAAAGGAUGUACAGAUCAAAUACUUCGGUAUAUUGCAGAACCGAAUGAAGAUAAAUUACUUGAACGUGUUGAAAAAAUUGAUGAAAUCUAUAGAUUGAAUGUUGACACAAUGUAUCAGUUCAACUGUGAAGAUAAACAUGCGACAAAAACUAAUAAUGAUAAAAUGUUAUCUCAACGAAAUUAUUUUAAAUCAGCAUGGAGUUGUUGUCAGUUAUUCAUUUCAUCAACAUUUCUUGAUAUGUACGGUGAACGUGAUUUAAUCUGUGGUGUACUUGUGCCUGCUCUUCGUGAAAAAAUUGCAAUACCUUUAAGAGUACACUUAAAUGAAAUUGACUUACGUUGGGGAGUUCCUGAAAUGACUACCUAUAGUUCAAAUGCUUUACAGAUAUGCUUAGAGCAGGCAGCUGCAUCUGAUAUAUUUGUGCUGUUACUAGGAGAUCGUUAUGGAUGGGUACCGAAUGAAGUUCAAAUUAAUGGUUUACCUAAACCAUUAUUGGCUGAAGUGCUUAAAUUUUACAAACCAGGGAUGUCUGUGACUGAAAUGGAAUACCAUAUAGCUAAACAAACCGCUCUAUCCAAAUUUUCAUUGCAUGAGAGACAGAAUGGUAAAAUAAAUGUUCAAGAAGCAGUACGCCUUCGGAUUUGUGUUUUCAUUAGGGAUUCCAAAUGCAUCAAGGAUGUACCGAAUGAAUUAAGAAAUGACUUUGAGGAAGUUGACAAGGAAAGAAGUAAACGUCUUCAUGCCUUCAAAGAAUUAAUUCAAAGUGAUGGGGUUGUUGUCUUCAAUAAUUAUCCUGCUCAGUUCAAUCGUCUAUUCACUGAUCAUCCUGUAAUGGAAAAUUUAUAUGAAUUUGGGAAUACAUUUCUGUCAGUAAUAAAAUCUUUACUUUUAAAAUUUUACAAAACUCCAAAGACUGACAAUCAUCCAUCAAUUUGCAAACCAUUGAAUACCACUGACUUUUUGCGAGUAUAUGUAUAUUCAGCAGCAUGUGUGAUUGGAGAACGUCAUCUUCUUGAAGUUGAACGCGCCUUCAUUGCAUUGAAUGACAAGGGUCGACAAGCUCAUCUUAGUCGAACUAUGGCAUUUAAUCGCACCACUUCUGACAUACAUCAUGCAUCAAAUUAUUCCGCCAAAUUUCGUGGUUGUGAUGGAGGUGUUCUGCUGAUCACUGGAUCUCCCGGCAGUGGUAAAACAACAUAUUUAUCCGCCUUGGCACUUUCUCUAACCGAAACAGAUUGGUAUCCACCUCAUUCUGUGGGUUCAACACAGUCGUUUACGUCUAGCCGAAAGGAACAUUCAGUGACAUUGAGAAAAGAUGUGGCUAGUGGGAUUAGAUUUGCUUCUCAGCGUCCAGUACUUGCCAAACAUCAUAUAUUUAUACAUUUCUGUGGUGGUUUAGCAGUCACUUGUUUACCACCGAAGAGGUCGUUGAUCGUUAUGCUUAAAAAAUGGACAAGUCGUCUUCUUACUGAACUUAAAGAAUUAUGUGCGUCUAGCGAAGCAGCUAAAAAAUUACUGAAUCAAAUUGAGUUGUCCAUUAAAAUGUCUACUUCUUCAACAAAUAUGAAUACAUCAUCUUCUGAUUCACCAUCAAUAUCAACAAUUCAAUGCUUUACACGAAUCAUCAACUUUAUUGGUUAUUUACAGAAGUUACGUUUUGUGUUUCUAAUCGAUGACUGUCAUCUACUGCAGCCAAUGACUUUCGAAUGGUUGCCUAUGGUACUGCCUAAGAAUGUUCGAUUUGUGUUGACUUGUGAUUCAAAAUCUCCUAUUGCUAGAAGUUUAUCUUCAAGAGUUGAUUGUCUCCUCUUACCUGUAUCUGGAUUAACAACAAAUGAACGUUGUGUAGCAGUGCGAAGUUUACUCGCACGAUAUGGAAAAGUUCUGAAUGAAUCUGGUUUUCAAAAUCAGUUAUCUAUGUUGGUUCGCAAACGUGAUGCCGAUAUUCCACUUUAUUUGAAACUUGCUUGUGAAGAAUUGCGUUUGUUUGGUAAUUUUGAACAGUUAGAUGAGAAAUUAAAACAAUUACCUGAAACUAUCUCCAGCUUUGUUGAACAUGCUAUCACAAGAGUGGAAUUAGAUUGUGGAUUACACCUAACUAGAAUUGUACUCGGUUUUCUGACGUGUUCUAAAUAUCCACUAUCAACAGAUGAACUGCAUAAUUUAAUUGACAAUUGGUUAUAUGAAUCAAUCGUGGAACAAAGAUCUGAAGAUGGUGAUGUUGUUGAUAAUUCAGACCCUUGGAAAGAGUUAAAAGUGCCAAAUGAUGAUGAUGCAUCAGUACACCUUAAUGAUAUGAUUUCAAACGAAAGUAUUAUACAGAAAGUGAUCUCUGAUCCAUAUUUAAUCGAUAAGCUUAAAUACAAAUGUUUUUCAGCACAGCCUCAUUUACCAUCCCUUGCUUUACAUAUUUUGCUAACUGGUCUGCAUCCACUACUGUCAGGUUUCAGCAGUGAAGAAAACUUUACUAAUAUGGAUGAUGAUGAUGAUGAUAAUGAAGGAUGUGAAAAUUCAAGUGAAACAAUAGCCAAACAAAAGCUUAACAUAUGGAAUCUUGGAUCAAGGGCUAUAACUUUCAGAAGUCGUGAAAUAUGUGAUUUAGUCUAUGAUAUUUGUUUUAAUCGAUCGAAUGAUACAUCAAAACAUAAACAACUUGGUUAUUACAAGAAUUUCACUAAAGUGUCAAAAGGCAACAGUAAUAAUAAUAAUACUAGCGUAAAAACAGUAACACUCAAUACAAUACAUCGUAUUUUAGCCAACAGACUUUCAAAUACGAAGGAUAUGGUUUACCACUUGUAUCAUGCUCAAAGGUUGGAUAUAGUUGCAUGCCUACUUAUUAGUCCAACAUUUCUUAUGCAUCAGUUACAAUCUGGAAAUGGUCUGACGUUAUUAGAAGACUUUAGAAGAUUUUUGAAAACAGAUAGAAGUCUUUCAUUGUCGUCUGUAAGUAAUUGUAAUUAUCCAUCAUUCACUUACAUGAAAGACCGAAUAAUGGAUAUGCAAAAUUUUAUUGCAUCGAAUUAUCAAUUUUUAACUGAGCAUCCUUCUUCUUUUGCUGAACUGGCUAUUAAUCAGAACACUCUCAAUCUCAAACAGCUUGCUGCACGCCAAAUGUUUUUCCGAAUUAAACCAGAUGAAAAUAUUCUCUAUAGUCUACCAAAAGUUAUUCAACCAGCUUUUAUUUAUAAACCGAUCACACCUUUGAAUGGUUCACAAGAUGUAGCAAUUUCUGUUGAACUUAAUCGAACUGGUACUUUAUUAGCCUAUGGCACUGAGUCAGGUACAGUCAGCGUCAUCGAAGUAGAGUCUAUGAAGGUGCUAUGCUCAUUUCAUGGACACAAUUUACCGGUACUCAGUUUAUGUUUCAUUGAUAAUGGGUACGGUUCUAAUAAACCGCAUGGAAUUUCUACUUCACAGCUGUGGUUAGCUAGUACCUGUCAAGAUGGUGGUAUAAUUAUAUGGGAUAUAUCCAGUGUGACUACAGAAGCUCCAUCUUCAACAACUCAGUGUCUCAGCCGUCAGUUAUGCUCUUCCAGUGGGUAUCAUCGCCGACCUGUAACUGUUUCUGCUUGGCAUCCGCAGCGACAAGUCUUAGCUACUGGAAGUUUGGAUUGUUUAGUUUGCCUUUGGGAGAUGAGUGAAUUGGGUUUUGGAUCACUUUCUUAUGCGAAACCAUCCAGUUUGAGUAAACUCACCCCUAGCCAAAAAAUUAAAACCCAUUCUCCUGUCAAUGCACUUGUUUUUCGGUUAUCAGACUAUACAUCUGACAACGAAAAUUCUAUUUCUAAUGAUGUGAUGGCCAUAGGAUGUUGGGAUGGUUUUGUUUAUUUCUACAAUCUCGUAUCUAGAACAAAUAUAAUGUCUCUCUCAGUUUCACCAUUUUCCAUAUCUUCACUGGCUUAUUCACCAAAUGAUACUAAUAUCUUGGCUAUUCUCGACAAACAAGGUCAAACUCAUCUUUUGGAUGCCGAUAUGUUUGUCUCUUUUGGUAAUUUAACUGAAGAAGUUAACUCGUCAACAGCUGACACUUCAACCUGUUCUGAAGAAUCACUGCAUUUGUCAUCCGUAGAAUGUGGGAAAUUAUGUUUCUCUAAACCAAAUGGACGCUACCUUAUUCAAACGGGAAAUGGUAUGUCAGGCAGUCGAAUCAAUGUCUGGAAUGCACGUCUUGGUGUCCCUAAGGGUCCGUGGAUUGAUUUAAACAGACUUGAAAGAGAAGGGGAAAGGUCAAUAUUUGUGACAACGUAUGCACUUGAUGUGAAUGGACACCAUAUUAUAAAUGGAUGGAAUGACGGCAUCUUUACUGUUGUUUCAAUUGACAAUGGCGACACUUUAUUCAUUUCUGAUAAUCUAGUCCCCUUGAUAAAUGAUAAGUCAUCAGUUGAGGCUAUUGCCUGUAGCCAUUCACCUUUCCGUCACAAUGCAAGCCUUUUGAUUGUUGGGUGGUCUUCUGGAGCAGUUAGAUUAUUCCAUUGCGAAUUCAACUCAAGAAUUGAUACUAGGACGGAUGACAAUUUAGUUGUUGAUGCCGAAGUGUUUGUUAAUCCCACUCUGUGCUUUACUCACAUAAUUACAUUUUGGUCACAUUCUAUUGAGCAUGCAGAGAAUGGUAUAGGUGAAGCUGGCGGUACUCUGUGUGUUGCAACUUCAAAUUCUAUUGCAGUCAGCGGAGGAGGGAAUUGUGAAACUUGGGUCUAUUUUAUUGAUACCAAACUGAAAAUCUUUUCGACUGAAUCAGUCUGCCUAAGAAAUCAUAAUGGCCAAGUGACCGCAGUAGAUAUAUCAAGCAGGUAUAUAGCUACAGGCUCCAAAGAUAAAAAUGUAGCUGUCUAUGAAUAUGAUCGAUCCAGCAAAACAGUCAGACUGAAACAUAUGAUACAUUAUGCAGCAGAUGACUGGAUUACUUCACUGGCAUGGUCGCAUACUUUAAAUAAAUCUGAUUCAACAAAUUUAUCACUUUUUAUUGGAAGUAAUGAUCAGUUAAUACGUAGAUACUCUAUUGAUCAAAAUAGUUGUAAAAUUCAACAAACACUUGCUUCACAUAAAUCUGAGAUCAAAUCUUUAGAUUUCAAUUAUCCUUAUUUGUUUUCUGCUUCCACUGACGGUCACAUAAUUGUUUGGAAGUGUGAUAAAACAGACGUCUUUCAGUUUGUCAGCCAAAUGAAUAUUUCGGUCAGCUUAAACUCCAAUGAAAUUAUCAAAACUUCAACAAGUCUGGUUAAGAUUGAAUCGUUCACUCCAAAGUAUUUUAAUUCAAAAUCGAAGAAGAGGAAAGCUUUGAAUUCUCAAAGUGAACCUGAAGUAGACUGUGAAUCGAAUGAAGUAGAAUUCAAUAACAGUCGUCUUGACAAUGAACAGGAUGAAACCAUCCAUCUAGAUGAUAAAAAUUCUUUUGUGGAUAUGAAUAUCAAUAGGCCUUCAACUGAAUGUACACUGAAAAGAAAAGAUAUCUCUGAUAAUGAUGAACAAGUCCAGGAAUUUGAAAUAUUCGGCAAAUGCAGAAAACGCCAUGGAAUGAAUCGAGAGUUAUUCAGGGAUACAGAUAUAAAACUUCUAGUUGGUCAGAUAACUACAUCAUCAUCCUCUGAUAGACAUCGGGGUUUUCGCUUCCGGACAUAUGCACCUUGUAUCUUAGGUUAUCAUGCUACUCUGAGUGGACAUGCUGGAUUGAAGCCAUGUGGAAUAACUUGCGCUAAAUCUCCAAAUUCAUAUGAAGAUAUCCUACUUGUCAGUGUAGCUGGUCAAAAUAGUGAAGCUAAUACACUGGGUUGUGAUAUUCGACUUUGGAAUUUGCCUCUACCUGAUACUUCUAUACUUCAUGAACCAAUUCAGCAUACUGGCCCAGUGAUAUCGGCUGAUCAUUUAAAAGUGACAAAUAAUUUACGAAUAUGUAUAUCUGGUUCAACAGAUGGCAUUUGUACAUUUUGGGCUAUCAUUGGAUCAACUCCAAUGAACAUGGAACAGACCGCUUCACGUUUUGAAUUUCUACGCAUGAAUUCUAUUACAUGGAAACCUUUGAUAUGUUUGACUAAUUCAUAUAGACAAUUGAAAUAUCCUAUAAACUGUAUUGUUACACAAAUAUGGUUAACUGAUGGUGAUGAUGAUGAUGAGAAUGGAAAAUCGACUCAUUACUUUAUUUAUAUUGCUUGUGGUUAUGAACUUUGGGUAUUACAUUUACACCUUGAUUAUACAAUUCUAACUAGUGAAAUUGAUGUUGAAAAUACUAUUAUGCAAUUAUUUAGUACAAAAGGGAAAUUGAAUAUAUCACUUUCAGAAUUAUCAGCGUUAUGGACAUCUGAGAAGGUUGCUGAAAUUAAAAAAUACAACCUUGAUCAUGUUGUUGUCCAGAUGUCUGUAAUUAGCCAACAACCAGGUGUUAUUUCUCAGUGUGGCGUUGUAGCACUACUUUCGAAUGGAGAAGUUGUUAUUAUGCCUUAUACUUGUGAAGAUGAUGAAUUCCGUCAUAUUCGUGUUCAAAAUGACUCUCUCUCCAAUCUUUGGUGUACUUCACUCAGUACGUAUGCGGGUGGUGUACUUGUGACGCAUGCAGGAUCUGCUUUAUUCUACCCAUACGAUGAUGAGGGACUUUUAUUUAAACCACUUUGUGGAUCCAUAAACAAUUUGGAAAAUUUGAAAAUUGAUACAGUUGAACCACUUUAUGUUCCUGUCGGAAAUGAUAUGAUUUUAUUUAAAAUUGUGACAAGUUCAAUGAAAUCAGAACCAAGAAUUGUCAUCUUUAAUGAUAAAAAUGAAAUGAUAAUUAAUAUAAUGCUAUCUGAAUCAAAUUUAAGUGUUACUGCAUAUUGUGUAACUUCAGCAUAUUUUGAUACUCAAAAAUCCUUAUCUGUAAACUUGUUGUUAGCAACAUCUGACAGUGUUUUACGUCUAAUUAAAUGUUCUACAAAUGACUACAGUCAAUCAGGUGAAGGCAAAUGGGAACAAAUUAGAAUUUAUCCAACAGGUGAACAAGUCACUAAACUACUAACAAUAAACUGGAAUCCGUUGACAAUCAUGUGUGGACAUCAGUGUGGUGAAAUCAACUUUUAUACAAUACUGUAAUGCUGAUAUCUCUGUGUUAUCCAUUACACGUAAACAUAUCAUCCCAACUGCCUUAUAACUUUCACCUUACCUUUAUAGUAAACUAACUUUUAUAAAUGCACUUUCUUUUACACUUAAUCAAUCACGAUAUAUGUAUUCAAUAAAU